UCUCUCAGUCACUCAGUGUGCACUCUGCUCGGAAAUCCGCGUUAUAUUAUUUCAUGCUUGUGUUUUUUUUUUGUGUGCGUGCAAAUUUAUUACAGAAAAUCUAUGUGAAUGCCGCAACGGAUGUCCAACAUUGAACAUUUGAAACGCAACGCCAGUGUUGAGAGCAAAGAAUCGCGAAUUGUUUAAUUCAGCACCAAGCAACACACAAAUUUGCAGUGCGUGUGUUUUGUUAUUUUAUAUUCUGCUGCGCCUGCCGCCGGCUUGCCGUUCACCCCGCUCGCCCCGCCACCAAUAAGAAAAUUGCGCGUGUGUAUUUUUCGCGCUUUUCGAGUUCCUUGCUGUUGUUAUUGUCGUUGUCGUCGAUGUGUGUGUCGAAGUAAUUGCAAAUAAAAUAAUGGAUCUAUUUGAUAUGGUGCGCGCAGCGCCGCCACCAAAAAACAUUCGAGAACGUUCAACAGCAGCCAAGGAUACGGAUGAGGACAGCAGAGGUAUAACAAGUGAUGAGCCACUAGACACCGCAUUAGAUGAUGAUGACAGUGAGGAUGCGGCCAUAAGGCUAGCGGUAGACAGCGUGCAGCUAAAGAUAGAUGAGUCGGAAAACGACGAGACGGAGAAGCCAGACAGCGAUUUACUCGAUGCGGGUGCGGAUGCAGACGCGGACGAGGUGGAGAUGGAGGUGGAUAAUGAUGGUGAGCUGUUGCAGCCGUUGCCGCCUAAGACCAAGGCUCAACAAAAAAUGUUUGCAGACGUGCAGCCGCCCACGAAGCGCAGGAGGUCGCGUACAGAAGCUGCAACAAAGUCUACUCCAACAGCAGUUUUAGCUGGGUUUUCACUGAAACAGUGUGUUGUGCGCAUCAAGCGCCUGACUCGCGACGAGAUCGAAGCACAUCGACCGAUGACAACGACGCCGUCGCCACCAAAACGUGGACGACCUCGCAAGCGACGCGCUCGAAACAACAACGUCGCAACAACAGCAAAAAACAUUCGGUAUCGCCGCCCAAAAAAGUCCAAGUUGAGUUCGAGUAAAGUGCACAUCAAGUUGCGACCGAAUGGCGGCGAUAAGCACAGCGAGCUACCAAAAUUCACGCGCGCCCAGACGCCGCCAGCUCGCACACCAAGUAAGUCACCCUCAAAAGUGGCCACCACAACAAAAACCAGGCGACGACCCAAUGUGCCCGGCUUUGUUAGCAAGAAAACGAUCCAGCGUUAUGGCAAACGUUUCUUCAACUGCGUUGUGAUUGUGAAGCGCCUCAAACAUUCCCCUAAUAUUCAGAGCAACAUCAACGCAGCAACCAGCAGCGGCAACAAGUCCAACAAACGCAAAUCGAAAUCCAAUUUAUCGGUAUCGUUUAGCGAAGCUGUCGAAAUCUUCGGCUCAAGUCCUCGCAAAUCCUCCUCAGCAUCGUCCUCGAGAACUGUGCCAACGCGUCUGCAGCGUGUGGAUGCCACAGGCAAUGUGGUGGAAGACAUUGAGUUGCCCCGCUUGUCAGCAUCAUCAGCGACAACAACAACAACACAAUGCGACAGCGCCACAAAACGUUCGCGUGCCACCAGCGGCAGCAGCUGCAAUGGACGCGGCAAGCGCAGCGGCAAAUCAAAGCGUUCGUUGCGUGUGCCAGUCUCUGGGCUGGCGAGCUUAAGCAUCGAAGAUAGCCAGGAUGCGAAUGCAGACGAUGAGUACAUAGUGCCGAAUGAAUUACCUGAACAUCCGACAAAGUCGGGCGUGCGUCGCUCUGGCACUCCAAAUCCGACUGUGAAACGCGUCACGACCACCACCACCAUCAGCGAUGAAGAUGACGUUGACGAUGACGAUGCAGUCGAGCCAGAGCCUGCGACAAAUGUUAAACGCGCUGUGGCAUCCAGUCGUGAUGCCAGGCUAGCGAAGCGCGCUAGCGAUGUCAAACCGCCAACUGAACAUCCAAAACCUGCCGCUAAACGCUCAAGGGACAAAACCUCGGAACCUUUGGCAGAGUCAACAGCAAAGUCGCUGGCUGUUGAAACAGACGAAGAACCAGAGGCUGAGACAGCAGCUGACACGUCAGUAAAAAGCGAAACGUUAGACGAAGAAAAUGCUGUUGUGGCUAAAGAGUCAGCAGAAGAAGAAGCUGCUGCUAUUGAAACUGCUAUUGAUGCCGUGGAACAGGAACUGGAGAAACUGCAAAAGGAACGAGAUGGGGAAGCAACUAAAGCAGUGGCGAACAAAGAUGAGGAUAAGGCUGCUGAUGAAGUGAAGACGGACGACGCAAAGCUCACAAAAGAUAUGAAAGAGGAUGAGGAAGAGCUGCUAGAGCAGCCGUUGCAGCUGCACAGCGACGAAGAUGACGAGGCCAAGCCCGAGUUGCCCACAGUGAAGUCGGAUGACAAGUCGCUGGAUACUAACCCACAGCAGGACGAAGACAAACUGAAGACGACGACGACGACGGUGAAGGCGACAACGACGACAAAAUCAGAAGCCGAGUCAAAAGUGAACAAGCCGCGUGAUUUGCUAUCGCCGGCAUCGCUGGAUGUCACCACUGAUGACAUUUUGGAGAUACAAACCUCACUUGAAGAUGAACGCUAUCUAACGCUCAACUCACCUUGUCUCUCCCUCACCCAACGACGCGAUCGCGAUCUACGCUUAGAGUCGCCCGAUUCAAAUGCGAGCUUCAAGUCGGCCCAACACAUCGAGAUAAAUGAGGAUGAUGUGCCGACACCGCUGCGCGUGGAUCCGCCCGAUUUGGCGGAUGACUUAAUGUCACCCUCAUCAUCCUCAGUUGCCGCCACACAACAACAGCAAAAGGAGGAUGAGGAAGAGGGAGAGGGAGAGGAGGAGCAGGGUCAGGAGCAGGAGCAGGAGCAGGAAGAAGAUCAAGAGCAUAACAUAUUCAAUGGCAGCGAAGUGGUGGCCAGCGGUUCUAGUUUGGGACAAGAGACAUUUUCGGCACUGGAUGAAAUGCCCAAUCUGGAUGUCGAUGAGCUGGGUCAGCUUGUUGAGCCAGACUAUCAAAUGAGCAACAGCCGUAAUGCCAACUCCAGAGAUACUCCGGAUGAUAUUAUGAAACUGUUAGAGUCUUAGGUCCAGUCAAGUGAAGUCUUAUAGGCAGCUUAAAAAAUACUAUAGUAAAAAGGCAAAGGAAAACAAAAGCAAAAGAACGUGUCAAACAAACAACAAAGUUAAGCAUAGAACAGACAACACAAACACAAACACAUACACAUAUUAACAUACUCUCAAUCGCUUUCACAUCUUUCUGUCUCGCUCUUAAUCGAGUAUAUUUCUGGCAAUCUAUCUGACUCUUACGCAGCAUCCAUCACAACUCGAUCGCCAUAUUUUGGGUGUUAUAUUUAUAAUAUAAUAUCAUGUAUGUUCGAAAGUCUCCAGAAUUAGUUAUAUAGUUCAACUAUGUUAGUUUUCGUAUAUAAGUAUUUUUGGAAAAUUGUUUGGCUCCUUUGUUUUUGAAAUGUUUUCUUUUUUUUUAACAUGAACUAUAUAACUUCAAUGUUAGUCACUCAGCGCACUGAAACAGUAUAUCUAAAUGAAAUUUUUGAUUGUUUUAUAUAUUUAAUUAUGCUUGCCCACUAUGGGUGCUGAACUUAUUUAUACUGGGAAAUGAAGUAUAGAAGUUCAAGUAUUUCGCUUGGUUGGUUUGUGGGCGUAGAGUAGAGUAACUCGAGAGCUAUUCUUUAACUUCGCUCACUUCCAUUAACACAGCUCUAGUCCGCCGAGCUCUUGACACAAUAUUGCAGAUUACAAAAUCGAGCACGGUUCAUACACACACACACACACACAAACGCAUUAACACAGUCACACAUUCAGUUAGUUUAUAUCGCUGCACAGACACACAGACACAAACACACACAUCAUCAAUACACAAAAAUAAGAAAGGAUAAAAAUUAUCUUGUAACUGCUCUGAUUUAGAAUUUACAAUACGAAGAAGCUGUAAAUCUAAUUGAUGUAUUAUUUAAUAAAUAAAAGUCGAUAUGUAAAUGGAUAGACUAAAC